AGUCCAUAUAAAUAUAAGUAAAGGCGCAGUUACAAAGAGCUAUAGCAUCAAAGUAGUAGCUGCUUCGUUAAUUUCCAAGACAUGGAAAAGGAGAAGAAGCUGUUUACAAGACCUGUUUUAUCACUGAUGCUCCUCAUCAUUUUGUGGUUGAUGAUCAUUUCUACAACGGUGGCCUGCCCGUCUUCGUCGCCGGACGGCGGCGGAUGCAAAGAGUGCAUUGUUGAUCAGAUGAAGCAUGGAUGCCCAUCAUGUGCUCCGAUCCUACGGUGCAUGGCACGGUGCUUGUGGGGUGGCAGCUCAAGAUCCAAGUGUACUAAGAAAUGUGACUGCGAUGGUGCGAUGUUAACACUUUCCGACUGCAAGAAAUGCAUGUCUCGAUGCAAAUGUAGCUGUGUGGCAUAUAGAUAUCGAUGAGUAGUAUUCCCUUCCCACAUAUCCAUUUAUGUUUUUGCAUUUUGUUAAAAGAAUAAAUUAGCAUGCAUGCAUGUA